GUGAGUAACGUAAGGUUAUAGCGUACCACGCGGCGUUUAAUAUUUGUUUAAAUGUAAUUUCUUUUACGUGACUUUGAAUAGUAGGACAAUAAUUAAAUUUUUCAGCCAAUUAAUCUUAUCUUUAGAAAAGAAAAAAAUGGAGAAAGUUAUUUCUGAUCUCGAGAAUUUUGGCUAUGAAAGUGACAUUCUUAGCAGUGUUAAAUUUGAGGAAAUAUUUAAUGAUGGACUACCAGGAAUGCUUUUUGUUGAUGUUGUACAAUGGUUAACUUCCCAACUUGUGCUAUUUUGCCAACUUGAAAGUCAUGUUAGCCCUGUUUCAGGUGCUGAAGAUCUGAUUGGAUUUCUAGUUGAAGUUAGCUCAUUGUUGAAGGAAAUGUGUUGUCCAAUCAAAUGCUUGACUAGAGGCCAGGUUACUGAUAGGCUUGAUAGUUCUGACAAUAAACUUUUUUUGAUAUUGUAUCUUUCUGCUGAACUUCAAGCUGCUAAAAUGUUAGCUCUUAAAAAACCAAAGAAACAGCCUGCCAUGAAAAUUGAAUUGGCUGAAUCUAAAACAGCAAAAGACUUAAAGCAGACAUUGAUUGCUUUACACUUCAGAAAACCACCCGAUUCUAUUACAACACAGCAACUUUUCACUGAAUUGCAGAAAAAGUUAAAAAUGAUUUGUGGUACAAGGAUGCCAAAAGACAUUGUUGGUGAUUUAUUGUUUUCCGGCUCCUUAACAGAAAAGCAGUGGUUUCAAUUAGAACAUUUAUAUCAAGAAUUGUACAAGGAAUACAGAACAAGAAGAACUUUAUUGUUAACUCGUUUAGAUGUCACAAUUCAAUCAUUCUUUUGGGCCGACCGGCUAAAGAAUAAAUCUGAAGAAACUAUGAAUGUUUAUGGUAAGAAAAAAAGUCAAAUAGCAGUUGAACCAUCUGUAAACAUAUCUGAUAUCUUAGCUUCAACUUUGGAUUUGGCUACAAUUGAGAAAACCAGCUCUGCAUCUGUAAGAAAAAAUACAAAAUCUUCUGUUACUAAAGUUAUAAUUGGAGCAGUCCCUGAUCGAGGAGGAAGACCAGAAGAGCAGCAACCUCCACCCCCUGAAGUACCUAGUUGGCAGAAAACUGAUUCUUCUAGAGGUGGUAUGAAACAGUCUUAUCAACACAACACCUCUAAUUCCAAUUUCUCUCAAAAUCGGAGCAAAGAAAAUUCAAAAGCAAGUUAUUCUGAUGGUCAGCAUAAAAGGGAAAAUUAUAAUCAAGGAUAUAACCAAGGUUAUAAUCAAAACAACUAUAGAGGAAACAAAGAAAGUGGUCAAUUUAAUAAUAGAGGAGGAGGAGAUGAUGGAUAUUGUGCUCCUAUGUAUCAACAGGUUCAAUACUUAGGUCAUCCAGUAAACCAACAGUUUGGUGGAUUUGGGGGAUUUGGUGGCUAUGCAGUUCCUGCAGGAGACAAUUUUCAGCAGUAUGGAAUGGCAGAUGUAUCUAAUCAAUAUGCUUCCAGAGGUAGUUAUGGAUCUGGCCCAAGAACGCGAGGUGGAUAUUCUGACCGAGGGUCAAAUCAAUUUCGUGGGCGUUCAAGAGGUAGAGGACGAUACUAGCAAACCAAUUGCUAAAAAAAUAUAUGUAUAUUGAAAAACUUCACGUUUUGGUGCUUAAAAAUAUUUUAUUUCAUCCUUAAUAUUGCUAUGCAAUUAUUUUGAAGAAAGUAAAAUAUUCAUAUUGAUGCAUGAUAGGGUACAGUAUGUUUUUUGAUAGUAUAAACAAGUUUGAAAUUCAUAUGACUUUUUUUUUUACCCUAUCUAAUGUCAAUUGCUAUGUCUUAAUUUCACACAAUUUUUAAAUUAUUUACUUCUGUUGAUUUUUCUCUAAAUUUUGCUCAUUAUAGGUAAUGAAUAGAAACAUGAAAGAUGAUGUUUAAAUAUUAAGCAUCAAUAUAUUAUACAAUUCAAUAGUAUUUGCAAUACUUUUCAUUCUUAACCAUUUAACCAGUGACAUGAUAUUUUAUUUAUUGAUUUUAAAGGUGUUUUGUUACCCAGUAUAUAGAGAUUGAUAAUGAUGGUUGAAAAUGUAGAAGUGCUCUUGAAAAUAUGAAGUUGCAACUUUCUUCUUGGAUGUCACUUCCAAACUUUAUUCUCUUUCCAAUCUUUUGUUUUUGUUAAGAGUUUAUAUCACAUAAUUUAGAAUUUAUGCAUAAAAAUCUUUAAAAAUGUUCUAGGGCAUAAAAAAAUUGAAUAUGUUUUCAUAACAUUUGAGAACUAAGUCACUUUUAACUGGUAAAUCAACUAGAUCUGAUUUGCUUUUCCACUUCCUCAAGAAAUACUUCAAUGAAACUUUUAACUCAAUUCCCCAAUCAAUUUACAUAUUCUAAAGCAGGGAUUAUCGAACGCUGGUUUGACCAACUGGCACCAGUUCAUGGAAAAACUUGAAAAUAUUUAGCCUUAAACCUUAAAAAUCCAGGUUCCAAGAAUAGUAAUUAAAUUUUAUAAGAUAUUUUUAUGCUAGUGCAAUAACCUUGGAAUCUAAAAUCCAUGAUCUUGUCUUUGAAUUUUGAGAGAAAUGGAGUUGCUUGCAUUUGUCAUUUGUUACGCCUUUUUUUUUGCUGCUCUGGAAUUUGAUUUUUUUAAAGAUUUUCUGCGAUUUUCUUUAUUUGUUACUUUAUUUGAUAUGACAAUUAUUAUAAUUAUGUAUCUUUAUGUUUAAAUGUUAUAAUUAUUAAAUGAUAAUAAAAAUGUUGCAGUGCAGCAAUUCUGUAAUGAUUGAUGAGUUUUGUUGAAAAUACACCGUUUUGCAAUGAUUUAACAAAUUUUACCAGUUCACAAGCGAAAAAGGGGUUGAAAGAUGCUGUUCUCUUGCCACUCAAUGUCUUGUACAAGUUUUUGAAACA